AUGGCUGCAGCUGGUAGCGGCAGUUUCCAGGACGGACGUAUUGCCUCGAAGCGUCUCAUGAUGCUCGUGGCCUUACUUCUCGUCUCCUGCUGUCCCGGCUAUGGCUUCGGCGAUGACGAUCAUGUCGAGGUGGAGGGAAUCAGCAGCAGUUGCAUCGAGAGUGAGAGGAGAGCUCUCCUCGCCAUCAAAUCCGAGAUGUACGACCCCGACAACUGGUUCUCUACUUGGACCGGCAAAGACUGCUGUGGGUGGAGAGGUGUGGCCUGCGACAACACCACCGGCCAUGUCACCAAGCUCGACCUCCGCUACCCCUACACAUACGAAUUGUGGGAUAUGUUUAACGAUGGGGAAACAAUAGGCGUGAGCAAGGUAAAUCCAUCUUUGCAAGAACUGAAGUACUUGAAGUAUUUGGAUUUGAGCAUGAAUAACUUCUCCCACGCCCCUGUGCCCACAAUGAUCGCUUCACUGGUCCACUUGGAAUAUCUCAACCUAUCUAAUGCCAUGUUCGAUGGACUGAUUCCUCCUCAGCUGGGGAACCUCUCAAACCUACACUAUCUCGACCUUCAGGGAUGGUAUUAUGAUGAUUUUCUACAUGUUGAUGAUCUCGAUUGGCUCUCCCGUAUUCCUUCUCUAAAAUAUCUUGACAUGAGUUAUGUCAACCUCUCCAAAGCAACCAAUUGGUUCUACAUAAUUAAUUCAAUCCCCACACUUGAAGUGCUACAUUUGAUUUAUGUAGACCUGCCAUAUGUUCCAUCUCCUUUGCCCCCUUUUAAUCUGACAGACAUUGCUACGUUGGAUCUGUCUUUGAAUUCUAACAUCACGUCUGCCAUGCUAAGAUGGCUUUCUAACGCCACCAGCCUCGAGAACCUCCUUCUUUCUGGCUGUGGGAGUCUCACUAUCGAGUCGGUACAAGUUGCUCUAGGAGCUCUCCUUAAUCUGAAGGAAUUGGAUUUGUCAUUCAACUCCCUUAAAGGAGAAAUUCUUGAAAUUCUGAACAAUGUCAGUAGCAGUGGCCUGAAGCACUUGGAUUUGAGAUGGAAUCAAUUAUCUGGAGAUAUUCCUCGAGGGAGCCUUAGAGACCUGGAGUACCUAGACUUAUCAACGAAUUUAAUUGUCGACGUGCAUAUCUUAGCUUCUCUGGGGAAUCUCACAAACUUGCGACAUUUAGACUUGGGGUACAAUUUGAUCAGCGGAGAAAUUCCACCGACCGUGGGAGAUGCUGUCCGAUUGGAGUACCUAUAUUUGUCCUAUAAUGGCAUCAUUGGAAAAAUACCACAGAGCAUGGGGAACCUCAGUAACCUAUUGGAAUUACAUUUAUCAGGCAACAAAAUUGUGGGAUGGAUACCACCGAGCAUCGGCAACCUCAGUAACCUAUUGGAAUUACAUUUAUCAGGCAACAAAAUUGUGGGAUGGAUACCACCGAGCAUCGGCAACCUCACCAACUUGGUAUACUUAGAUUUAUCGAGGAAUAAUAUUGUCGGUUGGAUACCACCGAGCAUCGUCAACCUCACCAACUUGGUACACUUAGAUUUAUCAAUGAAUAAUAUUAGCGGAUACAUUCCAGAGACUUUGGGUACUCUCAUCCAUAUGGAGGAAUUAUAUUUGUUUAACAAUCGUAUUUCUGGACAAAUACCAGAAACCAUUGGGGAUCUUCAAAAUCUACGGAUAUUAUUUUUAAGCAAUAACCAUAUUUUUGGGCAGAUACCAAAGAAGAUCGGUAAACUCCACUACUUGCAAAACUUGGACAUGUCAUAUAACAACUUAUCAGGUCAGAUACCAACUACGUUGGGUGACCUAUGCAAUUUGACCGUGUUAGAUUUGUCUCACAAUAACAUUGGUGGAGACCUUACAAAUCUAUUCUAUGGUUUGUCUACUUGUUCACAAGGAGCAUUUUUAUCAUCCUUAGUCCUGAAGGGUAACAAUUUGAGUGGGAUUAUUCCUUCGAGCAUGGGCCAAUUAUCUCGGCUACAAGAGGUAGACCUCUCCUCAAACUCGCUGGCUGGCAACAUUACCGAAGCACACUUUUUAAAUCUUACGAGCUUAUCAAAAUUGAUAAUCGCUUCCAACUCCUUGAAUGUGAUGCUACCGAAUGAUUGGCGGCCCCCUUUUAAUGCCUCCAUUAUCGAUAUGAGCUUUUGUCAUCUACGAGGAAAAUUUCCUGCUUGGAUUCGGACUCAACAACAAUUGCAAAGUCUUUAUCUAUCUGGAGUUGGAGUCUCAGGCAGCCUCCCUAUUUGGUUUUCAAAUUUCUCAAAAGGUGAAAAUAAAUUAUUUGGUAAAAUUCCGAAAUGGAUAGGAAGAAACCUCUCGUCAUUGAAGGUUUUGGAUCUUUCUUCCAACAAUUUAUUUGGUAGCCUACCAUCAUCUCUAGGAAAUUUCACUGCCAUGGUUGAGCGAGAGCAUCUUGCUAACUACAAAAGGGGAAAUUGCUGA